AUGACGGCUAUGACAGAAUCUCUGGUCUCUAGUUACAUGGAGAUGACCACUGUAUCAGACAAUACCAGUGUUACCUACUACAACCUCCUUAAACAGCCCCUUCACAUGAUCGUGAUCUACUCCUGUGUAUACUCUGCAGUCUUUCUGUUUGCCCUAUGUGGAAACCUUAUGGUCAUCACGGUGGUAGUGAGGAAUCGCUCCAUGCACAACGCCACUAAUUAUUUCAUCGUGAAUCUGGCCAUCGCCGAUGUUCUAGUGUCCAUCUUCUGCAUUCCGAUCACCCUCCUCAGCAACCUCUAUACAGGCUGGCAGUUUGGAGAAUUCACCUGUCGAGUGACACCCUACCUACAAGGUGUCUCUGUUAGCGCGUCCGUGAACACCCUCGUGGCUAUCGCGGUGGACAGAUAUCUAGCGAUAUGCAGAACGCUAGAAUUUAAACUGGAAUCAAAAACCUGCAAGUACAUCAUCGUGUGUAUAUGGAUCGUGUCACUAGCCAUUAUGGUGCCCUGGGCUGUGUUUUACGACAUGUCGGAGUUCAGAACUUCCCUACAAGUGGUACCUAUAUGUAUACAAAGAUGGCCUAGUCCUGUAUUAAAGAAAGCCUAUGUGAUAGGCGCUUUGUUCCUGUGUUGUUACGCCAUCCCUCUCAUCCUGAUAUGUGUGUUCUACUUGAUGAUUGCACUACGGGUGUGGAACAGACAACCUCCGGGUGCUAAGAACUCGAGUUCCUACAUCAUCCACCGCUCCAGAGUAAAGGUCGUCAAAAUGAUAGCUGUUGUUGUCAUCAUCUUUGCCGUAUCCUGGCUCCCACUUUACGCCGUUAAUCUCAAACUGAUUUUGUUUGGUGUGGAAGAUCAUGAAACACAGAUAAUGAGCGAGAUUGUGAUUCCAUUCGCUCAGUGGUUAGGCUCUUUCAACAGUGUUAUGAACCCGGUUAUUUACUGUUUCUUCAGUCGGAAGUUUAGAGACGGAUUUAAAGAUGUGAUUACAUGUUUCCGAUUUCGGUUCAGGAAUUCAUCACACUACGCGAGGCCGAGCUUCAAAAUGAAGUACCACAAUCAUAAGCACAGCCCGUCUCAUCCAACUCACUCGUCCCUGUGUCCCAGUCCCGAAAGAAGUUAUACUAACUCCGAUACUUUCGUCUGA